UUGACUGCAAUGUAGAAUUAACUCAGAAGGACGAGACCUACGAAAUAACUCUGAAUGAAAAUUCCCUACAAGAGCAAGACAUUGUAGUGUUGCGGAAUACAUCCGGAAAUUUCUCAUGUAUGCCAUCAGCUUUAUAUGAGAAGAAAGGUCUCAUCCUACAAAUUCACAACUGCCUAAAACCAGGUGGCAGAAACAUCAGGCUGACUAAAUGUGACAAGUGUCAAGAGAAAUGUGAAGAUUUUAAAAAGAGGAAAUAUGACUUAGAGUUUAACAAUUUUACAAAAAAGUGUGAGAAAAAUUGUGAGCUACCAGGGAUCAGCCCAGAUAUGGCUAUCACCUUGGAUGACUGGGACACGCCUAUAAGUGCUACAAAAGCAGUAAAUAUCAUGAAUGAUCUUGGCUCCAUGCUAAACCGGAUGGGAAAUGCAAGUACAGCAGAGAUUAAAAUGGGCAACGUUACAGGGGUGAUUGCUAAACUGCCCUUGAAAAAUCAAACAAGCCAAAAAUUUGGUUUUACAUUGGAAAAGAAAGUGAAGGUUCUCGAGGAAAAAGACCUGUUGACGCACUUCUCUCAAAGCGUUUAUCUUCCUGAGGAAGCCUGUGAAAUGGCGGUUGAAAAAAAUGGCACAUUUGCAGGAGUUAUGGUUUUUCCAGACAUGCCUCAGAUUGACCAAAAUCACUCACUUUUGAAUAAUACUAUGCUGGGGAUUGAAAUGGGAGCAAACAUACAUAAUCUUACAAAAACCAUCGACAUGCAUUUCACCAAUGUGAACACGACUGGAUUGAACGCCACAUGUGUUUCAUGGGAUGGGAGAAACAGCUCUGGAACAAAUUUAAGCUGGGUCACUGAUGGUUGUCUAACAAAUAUCGUCAAUGACAGCAUCACAUGCCAAUGCUCUCAUCUUACAUUUUUUGCGAUUCUCAUGUCACCGUUCGGCAUAGGAAAUUCCGAUAGUAAUGGAAAUCCUAGUAAUUCCACUGAUGACAUGACUGGACAGAUCAGUGCCGCUGACUUGAAAGCACUGACCCAAAUCACAAAAGCCGGCUGCGGCAUGUCCAUGUUCUUCCUGGGUGUGGCUCUCUUCAUGCAUUUUCUCAUAAGGAAAAAUAAAGCCAGCCAAGCUGUACAGAUCCUGAUGAAUCUCUUCAUUGCCUUGUUCUUCCUGAACUUAACUUUUCUGAUUAACGAGUCAAUUGCUAACCUGGAUAACAUGGCAGCAUGUGUGGUGAUGGCUGCAUUUAUGCACUAUAGCAUGCUCGCCACGUUCACUUGGUUCUUCAUGCAGGCUUUGCACCUGUACUUCAAUCUACAGAAAGUUCCCACAGACAUCAAAUACUACGUGUUCAAGAUUUGCUGCACUGGAUGGAUUAUUCCAAGUCUGGUGGUGGUUGGACUUCUUUCUGCAAGCAAAUAUGAUAGCAUUCACAUUUCUGCUGAUAAUGAAACCUCAGCAACAAUGUGCUGGAUCCCCGAUGCUAAAAUACACCUAGGUGUAAACAUUGGUUACUAUAUCAUUGUAUUUUUCUUCACUUUAACCAUAUUCAUCUUAACCGCUGUGCAGAUCACAUACUUUGCAUCUAAAGAUGCAAAAGCCAAGAAAAAUGGCUCCACCAAGAAAAGGUUUCUCUCUCUUCUUAGUCUUUUCAUUCUUUUGGGCAUCACAUGGGGAUUUGCUUUUUUUAGCUAUGGCCCUCUGCUUCUUCCUUCCUACUACAUCUUCACCAUCCUCAACUCCUUUCAAGGAUUUUUCCUGUUCGUCUACUACUACUUUUCAAGCAGGAUAGUUGUAGAUGACAAAAAACAACUUGAAACCCAGAGCAGUGGCACAGAAAACACGAACAUCUCAUCUUCCACCGGAUAAGUUCCCCUUUCCCCAUCCCUAGUGUGACUAGUAUGGAUUUGUAAUAUUUAAGGAUUGGAGCUAUAGCUUAAAAUAUCAGAGAUAACUAAUAAAAUGAAUGGGUUUUAAUCUUAAAAGCAAAAUUCCAUACGGUUAGCUGCUGGAUUUUCGGUAUGGGGGUAAACGAUGUGAAUAUGUAGGAAUAAUCAUCCUAAAUUGAUUUCCUUACAGUACCUCCAUUGUACAUUGUUAACCAAUAUUCAUUAUGGGUAUAAACUUUAAUUUUAAGGAAGAUCUGAAGUAAAACACUGAUAUCUGAAAAAAGGGGGAAAAGCAUGACAGGAGGAGGACCUUAAUAAGAAACCCAUGGAGAACAUAGAUGUAAUGCUGUUUAUUAUGAGAUUGAAUCUAUCACUUAAAAACAUAAAACAUAUAAAGACAUAAAAACACACUUAGAUUGCUUUAAAGUAGACCUUUUAUAGUAUGCCAUCUAAACUUAACAUGCUUCAGAGAUUAAAUUUCACAGAAAGGUUGUUCAAAUCAGCCAGCAUUUAAAGGUUAUUGCCAAGCUGGUGUGUACUAUUUUAAGCUAAAGUGAUGGACCUAAAACCAUCUUCACAAAAGAUUCAGAUUUCAGAGUUUUUUAUGGGAAGUCAACAAUGCUGUUAAAACCCAAGGAGUUUUCACAUUUUAAUGGGUAAAAAUGAAAAAAACAUAGAAAUAGUAUGGUUGUAUAAGAUUGGAAACCUGUAUAGAAUUAAGGAUGUCUGUCUAAGAAUAUUUUAAAUACCUAAAUGCAUGUCUAGAUGUGUCAUCAUUUAACCAAUGUUUCCACUUUCUGCUUGGCCUUUUAUGGCAUUUCCUAGUCACAUCGGUUUCAACACAGAAACAAUAUAAAGAUAUAUUUUUAGGUAUGAUAGUAGGGAAAUAUGCUACUCUACAAGUAUGCCAUGGUUAAGUAGGUAUUCAUAACAACUGCAAAUACCUGUCAGCAUUGGCACUAAAUCUUCAUAUGUCUUAGAUUAAUGAAGAUAAAUUUCAUUCAAUAGGCAAAAAAAGAGCAGUUUAAAUCAAUACAAGAUUGGAUUCAUUAGUUGGUGUUAUAUGUUUUAGAACAAACAAACCCCAUAUCUGAUUAUUAAAAAUAUUUAGGUUGUCCUACAAGGUGAGAGCUCUGAAAUUUGACAGUUAUUUUCUGGCAAAGAAUAGCAAUUAUUUUAAAGUCAGAAUGUACCAUGUUGAUCAUUGUAUAGCAUAAAAACAGAUCUCUUUUUUCCCUAAAGGACUACAAUUUUAUUCUCAGUACAGUUGUACAGGUUAUAGGUACCACUCAACGGGAUGAUCUCUUUCAAUUGUUAUAUUUUUCUGAUUCAUCCUUGUUUUUAUGUUUUAUAAUGACUUCUUAUUUAUGGAUUGAACCUUGAAAUACAUGUAUGUCCUUUAAUCCUUUGAAUCAUUUAAAGUGUGAAACCAAAAUAGAAACAGCUCUAGUAUAAUAAAAACCUAACAUGAUAGUUGUUUUCGCUCUACUCUCUCUAAGCUGAAACGGCAUGGCAGAAAAACCUCUCUGUAAAACUGUUCUGUUAUUGUCUGUGUAAUGCAACGUGGCUGCAGAUUUUUCCGGGACAUCUGGUUGGUUGAUCGGGAUUUCAGAGCAUCUGCUAAAUCUCCGAGAGAGGCGGGCCAGAGAAAAUCCCUUGUCAUGAGAAGAGAUCCAAUGCUAAAUGUCCUGUCGUGUACUUUCAACUAUCAAAGGGUCAUAUAAGCUAGUUACUAACCCCCUGCCCCUGAAACAAGUCUCAUGUCAGAACAGUUCUUUGAUCUUGAUACCUUAUAAAGUCUGUUCAGUAAAAGUGAAUAAAAUAAAAUCGGACAACUGCAAGGCAUUUGGUUAAUGUCAUCCAAGGAGUCCUGAAUAUGUGGAAACCAUUUUCCCAUUUGUUUUUCUUUUGGUAAAGGGAAAACAAAGGGUGUUUCAAAACUCAAAGUUUGACCAGCCAUGUGUUUAAAACUUUUGAUAAAAGUUCAACAUUUAAGGGGCUUAGAAAAAAUCCUGAAGAGUAUCUCAUUUAUGGAACUUACCUUCUUAGUUUGUUUUUGUCUGUUUUAUGUAUUGUGAUUUUAUUUAUUUAACUACUAAUUAUCAUUUUUAUUUGUUAUCACUACUUUAUACUUAACAAGGAUAUAUGUUGUCUCCAUUUUGGGCUAAAGGUGAAUCCAAGUGACAGUCUUCUCUAACUAUUACCCCUCCUUAUUUAAAAAUGAAAAUCUAUUAUGUGUAAUUAACUCUGUUGA